AGAAUCCUGCUGAAAGGGCACCAUCAUGCCCGGACAUAUGCAAGAAGGUUACGGCUGUGUCGUAACCAAUCGGUUCGACCAGCUAUUUGAUGACGAAGAGGAUCCGUUUGAGGUGUUAAAGCAGGCAGAAACCAAAAAGAAGGACGCGCCCGCUCCUGGUGCCGCCAAGACUGCCGCACAGGCUACAAAGCAGGCCAAAAAGGAGUCACAGAAAGAGAGGAAAAUUCCUCCUCCUGAGAAGAAGGAAGAGACACAAGCUCCUGUGCCUCUCAAGAAAGAUGGCAUGAGGAAAAUGGGCCGCCGGCCGGAGCAGGAGGGUCAACCAGGGUCCCAGCAGCAGGGGGGUCAGGGGGAGGGUCGUCCCCCAGCAGACAGGCGGCCUGACAGGAGGCCACCACGUGAACGGCGCUUAGACAAACCCACUGACAAUAAACCUGCUGAGGGUGGAGAGUUCUCUGUGGAGAAGUCUGCUACCGACAGGCCGUUCCGGGGUCGUGGAGGUCCCAGAGGAGGACGCGGAGGCCGGGGCAGAGGUGUCGGCAGGAAUGACGGCUUUGACUCACGCGGCAAACGCGAGUUCGACAGACACAGCGGCAGUGACCGAUCCAGCCUGAAAGCAGAAGAAAAACGUGGAGGGAGUGGAUCUCAUAACUGGGGCACUGUUAAGGAUGACUUGAGUGAGCUUGACCAAUCAAAUGUCACUGAGGACACACCUGAGGGAGAGGAGCACCCACCUGCUGACUCAGAGAACAAGGAGAAUGAGGUUGAGGAGGUUAAAGAAGAAGGCCCUAAGGAGAUGACUCUAGAUGAAUGGAAAGCCCAGCAGGACAAAGAGCGAGCCAAGGUGGAAUUCAAUAUUCGUAAGGCCAAUGAGGGAGCUGACUGGAAUAAAGGAUACGUUCUGCACAAAUCUAAGGCCGGGGAGGCCUCUGCUGAUGAUGAUGAUGAUGCUGCUGGGGAUCACCACUUCCGCAAGCCAGCUAAUGACAUUACAUCCCAGCUGGAGAUUAACUUCGGAGACUUGGGUCGCCCAGGACGUGGCCGUGGUGGUCCACGGGGUGGCAGAGGAGGUCGUGGGGCCCCUGCUUCCAGACCACCCCGUGAACGCAGGCCAGACAAGGCAAGUGGAGUAUCUGUCCCUAAUGUGGACGACCCAGAGGCUUUCCCAGCCCUGGCUUAAAGCUCCCCAGACAGAGCUCAGCUCACCCAGGAGGGUCACUCCUCCAUGGGUCCUUGUCGACAAGGCUUGCAUGCUAACGGAUCCUUCAGCAGAUGAAAUGAUGGAAGACUGUCAUCCAUACCAUUCACCCCUGAGGACUGAAUUUUACCUGUUUUAGAAAAAAAGGUGGAAAAAAACAAAAACAAAGAAAGGACUUCUUGCUAUUCUGAAGCAAAUUAUUGGUUUGAGGUUUUGUAUUUAGAAAUAAGGUAGCAGGGAUGUUUUCAUACAGUGUUUCUUUUAUUAUUCCCCCCCCCCCCCCAAAUUAUGUAUUGUUCAUGGAUACCUUUUGUACUUCUGCUUGAAAAUAUGCAUCUCCACAAAUUGGUGUGAACAGCGCACCAUUUUGACUUAUGGUGUUGCAUAGCUUGCUUGCUUAUUAAACAAAUGUCUUCAAAACAAGGUAGCCCUUUUCAGGGAUUACUCACAAGAGCAAAAGAUCUACCUGUGAAGUGUUUUAUUGUAUGAAGGUUAUUGCAUUUUUAUUUAGAUCAUAAUGGGACUAAAGACCACCAUUCCCUGUAAGCGGGCCUUAAAACAGCAUGGAAUCUGAAAUCUUUUUUUUUUUGAUGAAAUGUACAAUCUUUAAUUCAUACCUUAUGCCAAGAUGUAGUUUCAAUGAUUCUGUUUACUAGCCACAAAAGGUGUGUUUUAUUGAAUGACCACUGUAAAGUUUUAAAUGGUGUCUUAAGACGCCAUUGGCUCUGGUAACUCAGGAUAGUAUCGUACUCAUUACGCAAAGUUUUAGUGUAAAUACAAGAAAUUACUGAAGUAAAUGUGAGCCGCUAUAGAUAAAUACUGUUAUAAAUUAUGUUUGAUAUUUUCUUUCUGCCCUAAUGCAUUUUACAACUGCUCUACUACACAGUUGAGCUGAAAGAAACACCAUCCUGUUCAGUGUGGAUCAACUGAGUGCUAUGAAAAUGUGUGAAUUCCUACCCUGCUAUUAGACCUCUGUCAAUAAUUAAAAGAUGGUCGAUUCAUACAAA